CAAUCCAUUCGACCAUUGUGAGGCAGUCUUGUUCCCUCCCCUGUCUCUGCGUUUUACAGGAGACGAACUGCAGCUCAUUUGAUACACAGAUGGUUAAGACUCCUAACGCGAUAGUACAUAAAUCUGUAAUCUACGCGUUUUCCUCGUUACAUUCCUUCCAUUUCUCGGUUUGCUUGGAAACCACCUUUUUUCGCAUGGCAUUUACAGAACAUCGUCGAGACUGGGGAGUCAGAUGGCGAUUGUUAGGCAGAUCGCGCGGCCCAGUGUACCUGUUUAUGGUGCAGCUUAUUUUUCUCGUUCGAACGGAGGCACAGAUCAGGUAUUCGAUCCCAGAGGAGACGAAGAAAGGCUCCCUCGUUGGCAACGUCGCGCAAGAUCUGGGUUUGGAUUUGAAAAGGCUUCGCUCUGGACGGGCCCGUAUCGUGACCGGAGAAAACGUCCAGUACACCGAGCUGAAGACGGACAAAGGGACUUUAGUCGUGAACGAGCGAAUCGACCGAGAGCAGCUGUGUGGAGACGUGACACCGUGCAGCUUUACCUUUGAGAUCUUACUGGAGAAACCCAUGGAGUUGCAUCCUGUGACCAUAGAGGUGUUGGACGUGAACGACAACGCUCCCACUUUUCAAAACGCUCAUCUGGAAUUUGAAAUAAGCGAAUCGGCCGCGCUCGGUUCCCGUUUUGUUUUAGAAAGUGCGGACGAUGCUGAUGUUGGGCCGAACGGGCUGCAGAACUACAUUUUAACCCCCAACGACAAUUUUGGUUUGAAACAACAUGUUAACCCGGACGGCAGUAAAUACGCAGAAAUGGUGCUUCAGAAACCCUUAGAUCGAGAGGAACGGCCACGCCUGUCUCUGAAACUGCUGGCCGUGGACGGCGGAGACCCACAGAGAUCGGGUACAGUAAAUAUAGGUAUCAAUAUUUUAGAUAUCAAUGACAAUGCUCCCGUGUUUAAUCAAUCGAGGUAUAAGGGCUCUGUGAUUGAAAAUGCACCAAAAGGUACUUACAUUGUUACCGUGAAUGCAAGCGACGUAGACAGCGGGUCAAACGGACAAGUCACGUAUUCCUUCUCAAAAUCAAAAGCAGGAAUAUCUGAUUUGUUCGACAUAGACGAGGCGACAGGGAAAAUUUAUGUGGCGAAGCAAGUUGACUUUGAAAAAGACAAAAAAAUUGAGUUCAGAGUUGAAGCUAAAGAUCAGGGAGGACUGACAGAUUCGAGCAACGUUGAAAUCGAGGUGAUUGAUAUCAACGAUAACGCUCCGGUGAUUAACGUCAUGUCCUUCACGAGCCCCGUGUCAGAGGACUCCCCUGCAGGCACCACCGUUGGAAUCAUUAAUGUUAAAGAUGUUGAUUCGGGUGAAAACGGCCGAGUAAAGUGCACGAUCGAAGGCAGCGUUCCAUUUCAAAUUAAAUCCAACGUGAGGAAUUAUUAUGCAUUGAUCACUGAUGCUGCAUUAGACCGGGAACACAUGUCAGAGUGUAACAUCACUGUCAUCGCGUCAGACGCAGGGUUGCCUCCCCUCUCGACUAAAAGAACAUUUUAUUUAAAGAUCUCGGAUGUCAAUGACAAUGCCCCAGUAUUUCCACGAGGCUUUUACAGUGCGUUCAUUGCAGAAAACAACUCUCCAGGCGUUUCUGUGUUAAGUGUUAAAGCUGAAGACCCCGAUGAAAACCAGAACGCCCGCGUUUCUUAUAUCUUAGAAGAUUGUGAGAUCGGUGGAUCUCCAGUGUCUGACUAUAUUUCCGUUAAUGCGGAAAACGGAGUAAUUCGCGCAGUUCGUUCAUAUGAUUAUGAACAGAUUAAAGAACUGAUAUUCAUCGUCAAAGCCCAGGAUGGAGGCUCUCCUCCUCUCAGUAGUAACGUGACAGUGAAAGUACUGAUCCAGGACCAGAACGACAACCCCCCUCAGGUCCUGUACCCAGUCCAGACUGGUGGCUCUCUGGUGGCUGAGAUGGUGCCUCGUUCAGCAGAUGUGGGCUAUCUGGUCACUAAAGUGGUGGCUGUUGAUGUGGACUCUGGACAGAAUGCCUGGCUCUCCUACAAACUGCAGAAAGCCACCGACAGGGCGCUGUUUGAAGUGGGCUCACAGAAUGGAGAAAUCAGAACGAUCCGUCAAGUGACUGAUAAAGAUGCAGUGAAACAGAGACUGACUGUGAUAGUGGAGGACAACGGGCAGCCCUCUCGUUCAGCUACAGUCGUUGUUAACGUGGCGGUGGCGGACAGCUUCCCUGAAGUGCUGUCGGAGUUCACUGACUUUACUCACGACAAGGAGUACAACGACAACCUGACUUUUUACUUAGUGUUGGCUCUGGCUGUAGUCUCCUUCCUCUUCAUCACGUGUCUAGUGGUUAUUAUCUCAGUGAAGAUCUACAGGUGGAGACAGUCUCGCGUCCUGUAUCACUCCAAUCUCCCUGUGAUUCCAUAUUAUCCACCACGUUACUCGGACACUUUGGGGACAGGGACUCUCCAACACGUGUACAACUACGAGGUGUGCAGGACGACUGACUCCAGAAAGAGUGACUGUAAGUUCGGCAGAGCUGGUAGUCAGAACGUGCUGAUCAUGGAGCCCAGUUCUACAGGGACGAUGCAGAGGAUGCAGAGUGAAAAGAGCAUCCUGGAUGAACCAGACUCUCCUCUAGAGGUUGGUUGAACGUUAAGCUUCGUCUCUGUAUAUCUGUUUGUCUGUUGUUAUUUGAUUUUGGUUAGCUCUUUUUUUUUUUAUACUAUAUUGAUUACAAGCGCUUUCACCCUCAGAACCAUGGAAAGCUCUACUGGUUUGCAUCAUUGACAUGCAUUCUCCUUCUGCAAAGCUCUUGUUGGUUCAGCCUUGCGAGAGAAUGAAUAUGUAGCAUCCAAUUUUAAAUUGCAAAAGUCGAUGUCCUAAUAGCACUGCAUGUAUAGUGUUUAAGGCUUUUUCAUUUGCUCACAUAUGGUUCACUUUGUAAAGGUUACUCUGACGUUGCUUUCCACCGUUAAUUAAUUCAGAGAUAUUAUCGCUAGCGGAUCCCAAAACAAAUACAAUGCAACAUAUUGAAGGUCACACAUCCAUCACCCUAUCUCCACAGCCUUAUUUUUCAUAAGCAUAUGUCACUGUAGCCUAUUUCCCACAUUAGUAGCCAAGGUAUUUUAUUACUAAACACAAUACUAGUAAUUUCAAUAUCAGUGCAAAUGUAACAAUCUGUGAGAUAAUAUAUUAUUGUUUUGGAUGCAUUACUGUUUCCCCAUUGAGAUGACAUGUCUGUUUUUAUAAAAAUAACUUCACAAAUAAUUUCACUUGAGAAUAGCAGUGUUAUGUAAUCGUUACCAUCUGUUGCAUUUUAAGCAUGAUCUUCUGAAGGGAGAUUUCGAUUGUUUUCUUUCUUUCAAUUUGGAUGGGUCAAUUUUUUAAACAACAGUAUUCACCCCCACACAGACUGAACUUGUUAUAAACAAUUUAAUGUGUUGCCGUUUGGUUCU